CACAUUACCUAGAGUUGAGGUGGAAGGAAGCCUUAGAAAUAAUCUAAGCGAAUGCAAAAAUUAUUUUACUUUGUUUUUCAUUUGAUGCAUUUCAGAUUGUACCUUAUUGCGAUACGGUCGUAACGUCGGUUUACUAUUGUCGGAAUCGGGAUUCGUAUUUGUAUUAGACUUAUUUCUGGUCUUUCAAUAAAAGUUAAUGUUUUACAUGAAUCGUUGGAUUAUCAAUUGAUUUGAUUGAUUUGGGAAUAAUUUAAGUGAAUUUAAGUAAAAUUCCUAUCCUAAAGAGAAAUACGUUAACACGUGAAGAAGAGCAGAAACUAGAACAUUGUAACAAAAUGUCGACGGAAACAACACCAUUGACCGCUGCUGCUGCAAUGGCUGCAGUUCCACCAGCCGGACCCUCUUAUGUUUUUCCUGGAGUGCCUCCACGUUCUCGUCGAGGUCAAAUGCGAAGAUUUCAAUGUUGCAUGUGGACAGUAUUUCUUGGUAUAAUUAUCCUAGCAUUUAUAAUAGCAGCAAAUUUCAGUAGUUUCGAUCCUUACACAAACUCCACGACAUCGACAGUACAUUUACUUGUAAAUCCCGCUGAUGAAGCACCACUAAAUACAUCCCAAUUGUUCCUUCUACUCAUGGAUAUAACUGAACCUCUACCCGAUGAAAAACCAAUUGAAUGGAAAUUCCCAGUUAUAAAUGCUUCCUUAUCAGCUGAAGCUGAAGAAUUCGCUGUCAAAGCCCUGGGAGACCGAGAACUAUUCGAAGAAACACUUUCUAUAACACCAGUUAAUAGUCCAGCAUUUCGACACUAUCGUUCAAUCAGUACAACUCCAGAAUCAAGAAAACUCUCUCGACGUGGUUAUGUUGAAUACCAUGCAACAUUGUUGAUAGCAAAGAAGUUUAACUACACAAAGAAACCUGGUAGAAGUAACAUUGGGAAUGGACCUUCAUUGCAUUUACCAGAUCCUACCGAGUUUGUUAGGUGUAAUCUCACCGAGAAAUAUCGUCGAUCAAAUGGGACUUGCAAUAAUAUACGACAUCCUAGAGGAUAUGGGGCAGCUUACAUUCCCUAUCGACGUCAAGUUGCUCCAGAUUACAGCGAUGGUAUAUCGGCACCGAGGAAGUCACAUUCGAAAAAAGAACUUCCAUCAGCUCGACAAGUUUCCCUUCAGGUCCACCGGGCUUCAUAUCCAACAGAUUCCAAUUUCACAGUAAUGCUAGCUGUUUUCGGACAGUUUCUAGAUCACGAUAUAACCGCCACUGCCUUAUCGACUUCUGAAGAUGGUGAAUCUAUCAACUGUUGUACAGUACCAUUGAGUACAUAUCCAGAAUGUUUCCCUGUACCUUUAGCACAUGGGGAUCCUUACUUUAACUUGUACAAUGCAACUUGUAUGAACUUUGUUCGAUCUGCCGCUGCACCAACUGGGAUUUACGGUCCACGUCAGCAACUUAAUCAAGCUACUGCGUUCAUAGAUGGUUCCGCAGUUUACGGGAAUAGUGAACAGAGGCAAAUGUCUCUUCGUACAAAAAGGAACGGAACACUAAGAAUGUACAUUACCGAAGACGGGAGAGAGCUUCUUCCACUAUCGACAAAGCCAGAUGAUGGAUGCAAUCAGGAGGAGAUGAAUUCUGUGGGGAAGUAUUGUUUUGAAUCUGGUGAUGAUAGAUCUAAUGAGAAUCUUCUACUUACUUCCAUGCAUCUGUUAUUCGCGAGACAUCAUAAUUAUCUAGCUCGUGGAUUGCAGGCAAAAAAUCCACAUUGGAAUGAUGAAACUGUUUUCCAGGAAGCUCGAAAAAUUCUCGGUGCUCAAAUGCAACACAUUACUUACAAUGAAUUCUUACCGAUUCUUCUGGGGAAGAAUCUGGCUACGAAAAUUGGAAUAACCUCAGAUCCAAAGUCUAAGAAUGAUGAUGUCUAUGAUCCAAAAGUGGACGCAAGUAUUGCUAAUAAUUUUGCAAGUGCAGCGUUCCGUUUUGCACAUACUCUUUUACCGGGCCUAUUUAAAGCGACCAAGGAUAACACCACUCAAGGAUCAAUAGAACUCCACAAGAUGCUCUUUAACCCAUAUUCUUUAUGGGCUAGUCGAGGAAUUGACAAGGCUAUCGAACUGAGUGUCAAUAACCCUGUUUCAAAAGUGGAUCGUUUCUUUACAAUCGAACUGACGGAAAAACUCUUUGAAAACACUGCUGAGGAUGAUAUUCCAAUAUGUGGUUUAGAUUUGGUUUCGUUGAACAUUCAAAGAGGUCGUGAUCAUGGAUUACCAAGCUAUCCAGUAUUUCGUAAACAUUGUGGAUUUCCAGCUAUCAAGACGUGGCAACAAAUGGAAGCAGCUAUUGAACCUGAAUCUUUGAAGUCGAUUCGGGAUAUUUAUGACUCCCCAGAUGAUGUAGCUGGGGCCUUAAGUGAACCCCCAAUUGAAGGUUCAAUAUUUGGACCAACGCUAACAUGUAUCGUAUCGGAUCAAUUUCUUCGAUUGAAGAGAGGUGAUUCACAUUGGUAUGAGCGAAAACAAGGAAUUCAAGCAUUUACUCCAAGUCAAUUGAAGGAGAUCUAUAAAACAACUUUAGCUGGAAUAAUCUGUCGAAAUUCAGAUGCUAUAGAUCGUACUAGAAGAUUUGUAAUGGAACGACAAAAUACAGAAGAAAAUAUUUUUGCAGAUUGCAGAGAGUUGAAAAAUUUCAACUUUUCACCAUGGAAGGAAAAAAUUAGAGCAACAAAUAUGACAAGUGUGCCAUUUGCUAAAAGUGAAACACUUGUUAGAGUUAUGGAAGUUGUUAACUCUACGAUGCCUCCUAAUUUUAAACUUUAGAUUUAAAUGAUAAGUUUGUGUUUUA